GGAAGGGGGCAGGGCCGGCCGAUAUUCCGAACCGGAACUUCCGCCUCGCGUAACGCCGGGGCGGGCGCGUUACGAGGGCUAACCCGUGGGCGGGACGAGGCCUGGAGGACCGUAUUAAAGACCGGACGCUUCCGGUGGAAGGGAGCUGUGGCCGGGCUUUCUGGGAAUAUGGCGGAGAGUCGUUGCGAGCUGCUGCGUCCGGCCCCGGACGGUCUCCGGGCAGGGCUGGAGGGAGGUCUGUGCCGCCGUUGCAGCGCGGGGCUCGGCGUACCGGCCCAGCGCCCCGGCAGCGUGUCCAAGUGGGUCCGGCUCAAUGUCGGCGGCACCUGCUUCCUCACCACCAGGCAGACGCUGUGCCGUGACCCGAAAUCCUUCCUGUACCGUUUGUGCCAGGCCGACCCCGACUUGGACUCAGACAAGGAUGAAACUGGUGCCUACUUGAUAGACAGAGACCCCACCUAUUUUGGGCCCGUGCUCAACUAUUUGCGACACGGGAAGUUGGUGAUUAACAAGGACCUCGCUGAGGAAGGAGUGUUGGAAGAAGCGGAGUUUUACAAUAUCACCUCGCUAAUAAAACUUGUAAAGGACAGAAUUAGAGAACGAGAUAGCAAAACAUCACAGGUGCCAGUGAAGCACGUGUAUCGCGUGCUGCAGUGCCAAGAGGAGGAACUCACGCAGAUGGUGUCCACCAUGUCUGACGGCUGGAAGUUUGAACAGCUGGUCAGCAUUGGUUCCUCUUACAACUACGGGAACGAGGACCAGGCCGAGUUCCUCUGUGUCGUCUCCAAGGAACUGCACAACAUGCCGUACGGCAUGGCCAGCGAGCCCAGUGAGAAAGCCAAGAUUUUGCAAGAGCGAGGCUCAAGGAUGUGAAGACAGUAUUGACAGCUGAAAAACUUUUUAAUUUUCCCAAGAUGCAGCUGGCUGCCACACCGAGGGAGCCUGGCCAUGAGGAGGAACCUGCUUGUGACAAUUCUCUCUAGAGAGCAGGUCUGAGGGGUAGUGAGGACAGGUUGGGUUGAGGCUGGCAGACUGGGCAUCAAGGCCACCCAGGACCUGCCAGACGCGACUGACCCGUAGGGAGUGACUCUUUUUUUAAUCAUUGAAGAUCACUUAAAGAACAGCAUUCUUGGUGCUACUUAAACAGUCCCUAAAGAGCAGUGUGCCCCCACAGAAAGUAGCUGGUUGCCCAUCUGCUAUGGGACGCCUGAAUCUGGGCAUCCUGGGCGCCUUUCUGCCACGUCUUUAUGCUCCUGUGGACUGAGGAUCGAUGGGCCAGAGGCACCUGACUGACGCGGCCUUGCAUCUCCUGCUCCUGCCUCUGCCUCUGGUGGUGGGUUUUCCUCUCAGCCAUGCUUCCGGCACAGCUGCAUGGAUGAGCCGUGGCGGCUCACUUUGUAUUUUCCAGGCAAGAGAACCGUCCGUUCUUCCUAGUGUGGUAGAUGGCCAGGCGUUUUACUUUUUAGAAAUGCCUGUAAGUACGGCUGCACUCUAGGUCGGUCCUGUCCACUAGCUUAAGGAGAGUCAAGGUUUGCCUCAUCCCAUAAACGGGCUCAUGUGAUGCUGCUUCUGUGGGUGCCUUUGUUGUGCCUGUUAUGGUGUCGGGCAGGGGAGGCUCCUCGGUAGAAGCCCUGGAUUCCUUGGAAAGUUCUGGGUGUUUACACACAUCACAUGUGUCUGUCUUUCUUGCCUGCUCUCGUUUCCUUUGUCUAACUAUGCAGUUCUCUCAUGUUUUGGGACGUUUGAGACACACGCUGCCUGCACAGGCUCGACUCACUUGGCGAGCCACGAGCUGCUGGGACCCUGCCACCGACAGCCGUUAGCACGCUCCAAGUUUACUGCACCGGCGGCGGGCAUCAGAGGUGGAAGGACGUGGUGGGCUAGGCAGAUUCUGCUUCUCAAGCCCUGGCUGUCCCAGGCAGCUGUGCACACUGACCACUGGGGCUGCUGAUUCGUAGGUCAGAGGCUCUGACACCCUCUAGUUUCAAAUACUUGUGGAGACUUCUUGCCCCUGCCCUCUUCUCCUUUGCCAAUAAUCUGGCUAACUGAGUUCUCCAGCAUCUAGACUUACCUCCUUCUUUUUGUACAGUCUAUCGUACGUUUUUACGUGCUUGGCUUAAAUGGUUUAUAUGGAACCUUUCUAUAAAGCGGAUUUGUAGCUGUCACUGACUGCGCCAACUCAGCGGAGCCCAGGGGGGAGGUGGCCCUUUUCUUGGCAAGGGGGCGGGCUCUGUAGGGAGCUGCUGGCCAUUUGGCAGCACUUGACUUACGACCUUGACAUGAUAGAUAGGUUUGUGGUUUUUUAAUUUAAAGAUGUUAAGACUUAAUCCGCUAAAAUUUAUUCCAAGGGGAUAUUUAUACUUUUAUACUUUUUUAGGUGUCCACGUUUUAUCAGCUUACAGUUUAAUGCCUAAGUUCCCCCUGAAAAUAGCAAAUAAAGUUGCGUAUUUAUGAAUGAGCAUAACAGCUGUUAGUGUCGUAAACUACACCAAGAGGCCACAGGAACAGCCUGUGGCGGCCCCUGUGCUGCUCCUCCACCUGCCACGGAGCGCACCAGGUUUCUGCUGGGCGAGUUGGCAGUGUCUGCAUGUCCAUCCAUCCGUCCGUGGGUCUGUCUGCUGUCAAGCUUGAGAGCUGGCAGCUCCCAGCUCAGCCAGGUCAGCCCAGCCACCUUGCUGACCUCCUGGUCAGUGUCAACUCAUCCAGGGGAUGAGCACCCUCAUCGGAGUGACUUUUUAAGUGCCAAGACCUCCAGUUCUCUUUGUCCACACAUCUGGGGUCUGGCCCUUGGGCAGCUGCUCUGGCUCUCCCUGGUGACCACUCUGCACAGGUGUCUGGACCUGGCAGCUGCAGCUGGGUCCAUGUCCCCAGAGCACUGUGGCUCCAGGAGGCCCCGCGAUGUCUCUGGCCCCAGCGUGCUGGAGCUCCAGCUUGGUUGGUGUCUGCAGGCCACCCCGCGCUCUGCGUCCUGCCCGCCCGCGGGGAGGGAACCCAGAUUCUGCUCUGUGGAGUUGGCUUUCUGAACAGCCCUGACCUGCCAUUUGCUGCUCGCCGGACACCCGCAGAAACCUGCACUGCCCUCAGUGCCUGGGGCAUCCCGGGGGAGCCCUGAGCACCUUUGCCUAUGUGCAGGAUUGACAGGGACCUGGAUCAUUCUGUCCUCGCUGUUCUCACGGCCUCUGGGCAAGGAAGGUGCCCGCCACUCCAGGGCCCUCAAGCUUGGCCCAGCUUGCCAGCCCUAAGGGGAGGGGCAGUGACAGGGCCUGGGGGGAAGUCAGCUUGUGGGUGCUCAGCACUGGGACUCCUGUGAGUUCAUGCCUGCAACGUUCCAGGCACCGCCUGGGGCCGGCACCGCCGCUCCUCAGCCCCUUGCUUCCUGCACCUUCCAUCCUCCCCGUUGUUGAAGGCCAUGGCUGGCCUGGAGAGGGCCAUGUUGUCUGCCCCAGCCUGCACCUCCAGUCUGAGCCAGUCUGUUCUCCAGAGAAGUCACUGCAGCUGGAGGGCCCUGCGAGCUCCCCUGCCCAUCACUGAGGCUGCUGCUCCCAUCAGAGGCCCCCACCCCAGGAGAGGGCAAAUGACAUCUCAAGAACAAGCCUUGCAGGUCUGUGGUGCUUCUUUCAAGUACUUGUGACGUUAAGCUUCUCUGGACUGUCAACCACAAAUAAACCUGUUCUCCCCUAAAA